CUCGGGACGAAUUCAGCUCCCUUUGCCCGCGUCUUUAUUGGUUCCGGCGACAUCGUUGGUUAAGGUUUGUGUUUUCUGUGCACACGUGCUAUUGUUUUGAUACCUCGGAGAUAACGUAGUGAUCCAUCAUGGCUGUGAAAGGAUGUCUUGCGUGCAUUAAAUAUGUGGUCCUCCUCAUCAACUUCAUAUUUUGGCUUGCUGGUGUCGCAUUGCUCUCUUUAUCAAUAUGGAUGUAUGUGGACACAGCUGCAUAUUUGGUGUCUGAUCACAAUGACAAGUUCUUUGUUUCAAUUUACAUAUUGAUGGGUGCAGGAGCUUUGAUGACACUGGUUGGUUUCCUUGGAUGUUGUGGUGCCAUGCAAGAAAGCUCUUGCAUGCUGGGCACUUUCUCAACUUUUGUGAUUUUGAUAUUUGCUGCAGAAAUUGCUGGUGCUGUAUAUGGAUACUCUCAUAAAGAUGAAGUAAAAUCGGCUCUCACCAAAACAGUAACAAAUAUGGUGAAAAACGAAUAUAGUGUGCAGGAUGCAGUUACCAUGGGUGUCGACACAAUGCAACAAAAAUUGGGCUGCUGUGGUGCAACUGGAAUUAGUGAUUGGGAAAAUUCCAGUUUAAACAACAAGAACAAAGAAUCUGGUAUUCUUAGUGUUCUGAGUAUAUCUUAUAAAGUUCCUACAUCUUGUUGUGUUUCUCCUGAUAGUAUAGGUUGUGAAACAGCUACCAACAUUGCUGCAGCUAACACUUUUACAAGUAGUCUUUAUUCUGAGGGUUGUUUGGGCAAGAUUACUGAGAAAAUUGAGAAACAUCUUUUCACUAUAAUUGUUGCUGGAAUAACUAUUGCAGUUAUUCAGAUUUUUGGAUUUGUAUUCUCCCUUGUGCUGUGCUGCGCAGUAUCUGGCAGAGAUUACUAAUUCGCCCUUCAAAUAAGACAUUGCAGCUUCUUCAAAAAGCAAAUCUGCAGCUCCUUUAAAAUGUGUUUCUGUGAAGAUUUUACAUUUAUGGACAAACAAAAUUUUAUUAUCACAUUAUAUGAAUCUCUAUUGGGAGAAAGGUUUUUAAUUAGAAAGUUGUAUUCAUUGUAUUGCUGAGGUUUCGCCAAAAGUAAUUAUAUGAUGGUCUCUGAGAGUAGUUUGCAGAUAUUUUUUUAGAGUUUUGAAAAGCAUUACUUAAUUGUAAGUUUCAUUUACCAUUAAAAAUAUCAGUUUUUAAAUUUAUUGUAUUUGAAAUAAUUGCUUAUAUCUUUUUGAUAUUAAGUAUCUUUGAUAUAUUUUAAUCAUAUAAUUGUUGCAUUACUAUUAAUGUACCUCAUGUAUCUUUCAUUUACCUCAUGUUUUUCUUCUUUUUAAUGACAAAGACUGCUAGAUUUGAUUAAAUUAGUGAUGUAGAAAAAAAAUAUGCUCCGGCUUUACUAUUAAAGCCUUCAUAUGGCAUUUAAUUUUUUAUUUUAAGAAAUCAUGAUUUUUCUUGACUUAAUUUACUGUUAACGGCUCAGCUUAUUGAAGACUGAUAUAGGUAGUUUUCAGUCUGAUUUUUGUUUCAUUUUCUAAACUAUCAAGAAGUACAAGCAAUAUUUUGUUGAUUUUAGUUAUAGUUUUUAUUGGUUGGGUCUCUUAAGUCUAUUAUACUAUGUGUUCUUUUUUUUUUCUUUUUUUUUUCCUGAAAUGAAAUUUAGGCAUUUUUUUAAUCAUUUAUAAUCCUUAUUGUAAUUUUGAAAUUCAUGAACAGAAGAAUAUUAUUAAAAGUACAAUUCAAAACUGUAAAAUAUUAUUUUUUGCUAUUGUAUUUUCUGAUAUAUUAUAAGCAAAAUCGUUGUGCCUUAUUGAAAUGAAAAGAAAUACAAUUAUUUAAGUGUGCUAUUUAAAUUUUCUCAGGCACUGUACAUGAAUGUUACAAAAAUUUCUGCUUUGUAAAUAAUUGAAAGCCCAAAUAAUUCAUUAAACAACAUGUAUCCUUCUCUAUAUUUGUAUUUAUGGGUACGCUCGGAUAUUCCUGUGUUCAUCUAUUUCAUAUUAAUUAUCUUUUCAAUCAUGUCUAUAAUAUGGCAUUUCAUAUAAAUUUACUGUAUAUUCUUUUCAUGUUAUUUUCUGUAUUUUUUAAUUAAAUAAAUGUAUCUAUAACUUU